AAGCCGGACAUUGCCCUUGUUCGGCUCACGCCGGCCGCCCCACCCACCGGUCGCCGGUGCUGCUUCUGUUCCCAACCGCUUGGCCGGCCUUGAUUCCCGAACUAUUCUCUCUCUCCUUCCCAAGCUGAUUGCUUUUGACUUGCAAGAAAACUUUUACAGCCAAUCGUUCAAAAAUGCCGCCGAAAAAACGAGGAGGUGCAGCUGGAAGGACGGCGACGCCAGUGAAGGGAAAACCGGCACCCGCCGCAAAGGCUAAAGUCGAGGAGUCUGUGGAAGAGGAACCACCGAAAGUCGAGUUGAAAGAAGAGGAGCCUAAAGUCGAUGUAAAAGACGAACAGGAGGUUCAAGAAACAAACAAAGAUGAGUCGAUGGAAGUGACCACUGGUGAGGAGGCGAAGGUGGAUGCCAAUGGUUCACACGUUGCAGAGGAGGAAGACGAGGAAGAAGAAACGGCUGAGGGUGACAAGACCGCCUUGGAUGAGGAAGAUGCUAAAGAAGAAGAAAAGAGUUUGAUCGUCAAACUAAAAGGAUUUCCCAAAAUGACAUUGUACGGAAUGCAUUUGAUGUUGCACGAUCUUUUUACCAACGAACUCAAGAUUGCCCUACCGAAGGUCAAGUUGCCAAAGGGAAAAGAAAAGUGGAUUUACGCCGAGUGCGUGACUUUAGAGGACAAGAAGAAGAUACUAGAAACUCUCAAUGCUACGUACAAGUACAAAGAUCAACACCCCCUUCAAGCAACAUCUGGGUGGGUUGCAAGUGAAUACAAAGCUACUGAAGUUCUUGACAAGGAAACUGCUUUGGACCUUCUAUUCAGGCAUAGAAAACUUCCGUACAGAGAGCAGUUGAACAUCAAGAGCGAGGAGACUGAAAAGAUGAUGGACGAAAUUUUCAAGAACUUGAAAAAAAUCAAUCCUAAGUUCUCAAAGAUAAUCAACAAGUAUCCGGAAAUAGGAAAAAUCGUACCUUUAGUCCCAACCUACGGUUAUUCCCUUGAUUCUUCAUUUGCCAUUGAAAUUGAUCCUGAGACAAAAGAAGUCGUUGUUGGCCUAAGGGCUUGCAGCAAAAAUGCAGAACGUAUCAUCCCUAUUGAUGAGUGCCCUAGUGUCCCAAAGACAAUGGCUGAAGCUGUUAAGGAUUUUGUUUCCCAUUUGAGUGAAUAUGGGUUAGAGCCUUUCAAUCGUGAAACCGAGUCUGGAAACAUUCUUGGCGUUCAGUGCAAGAUGAGCACAGCAUGUGAAAUCAUUCUUUCAGUCCUUGUGCCGAAAGAGAAUACAUUCUUGAAGGAGUUUGUCAACAUCAAAUCGCCUGAGGAGGUCAACAAAUUGAAGGAAGAGGCCAAGCAGAGAGAGGAGGCUAAGAAAGCGGCUGAAGAGGCCAAGAAAGCUGAAGCUAAUAAAGCUGCAGAAGAGGUGAAAAAGGAGCCAGAGACCACAGAAAAGAAAGAAGGCGAAGAAGAAGAAGAAGUCAAGAAGGAAGAAGCGCCUAAACCGACUGGAGAGAAGGCCGACGAAAGCGUUCAGUUGAUUGAACUUGAAGAUGAAGACGUCAAGGCGACAGACGAAGAAAAGGCCAAAUACGGACGUCAGCUCAAAGAAAUCAAACCUGGCCUUAUCAGAUAUUUCCAAGAACGCGGAAAAGCCCUCGGAAUCGUUUCUAUCUUCUCUAACUGGAUUCUUUACAACCGUCGUGGUGCCUGGGCUAAUCGCCAACAUUUCUACCAUCAUAUAUGCGGAGCGACAAGCGUGAAGGAGCAAACCCUAAAUCUGCAUUACGAUUUGUGGCCAUACAAGCAAUGGAGCCCUCGUACAUCAAUUUUUGGAACAAUUAUCAAUACGAUUGACAGCCUUGUUCAUCUUGACAAGUCAACAUCAGUAGCAGUAGCUUCUGAGUACCGCUUAGUGGCAUUGUAUUAUGCCAAGCGUUGUAAAGACGUCAUAUCUAUUCAUUUCUGGUCGAUGAAGAAGUCCAACAUGCAUAAUCGCGGUGGCUUUUCUUGGUGGAUUCAAAAGCAGGGUGUGAGAAACAUGGAGUUUGUCGCCACCAAGGCGUCUGCGCUCUCAACCCUAGACAGGACCAACUUUGCUCGCUCCCAGGCACCCAAAGUGGCCAUCAUUUGGGGAUUCACAAAAGUCGCUUUGUUGCGCAAGCUUACCAGCUUGGGAGUGAAGCGAAUCGUGACUGUUUUCAACAUCAACCGCAACGUCCAGAACAUACAGGCUGACAUUCAGAAGUAUUUUGAGGCCAUUGCUCCUAACAUAGCAGCAACCAAAAUUAUUCCGGUUGACAUUCAGCCGCAUGGAAACCAGUAUACGCUUGUUUGCUAUCUUGAGGAGGUGAUGGGAAUGGCCGGCGGUCAAGUUGGAAUGAAGAGAAAAGGGCCAGUCGAGAUGCUUCACGGAAAUGCAAAACGCAAACGACUCCCUUCAUUACUCAUGCACGAAGGGCCGAAAAAGGCAUGGGAGACAGCUCGUCCUCCGCCAAUGGUGCAGAACACUAUGGAUCCCAUCAACUCGACCAUCAACCAACUGACUGGCUUCAUGCAAAACCAGAUUCUCUUCAACGAAAUGGUCAAGGCUGGAAUCCAGGAGAUCUUCCCACAGAGGGAUCAAAGCCGGCCCAUGAGUCCUCCUAGGUUUGGUGGAAGAGGAUCAGGUGGUGGUAGUGGUAGUGGUAACUGGGUAGGAAGAGGUGGAAGAGACGGUGGUGACAGAUUCGAUGACUACCCACAGAGGUCUGAUAAUUUCAACGGGAGAGACCAAAGUCCAAACCGCUGGAACAACAAGGGCGAUGAUGGCAACUUCUCGCGUAACAGGAAUCCAUCGAAGCCGAUGAAAGACAACGUAUGGGGCAACCAGGGGAACAGCAGUGGAUCGUACGGCAAUAAACAAAACUGGCUCAAUUCUGGCAUGGAGAAACAGGGCUUUAACAAACAACAGAACUUCAACCGGAAUGACUCCCGCGGUGACUACAAUUACGACCGCAGGGAUAACCGAAGAUCCCGUGGCCCAAAUUCUAGUGGGAACUGGAUGUAAAUCAUUACGCCGACCACCCAGACCUUGUGAAUUUGCUUCUUUUCCUUAAUAACCACGACCCACUUUUAGGGUUUGUAAACUUUAUUUUAGACAGUUUAUUCUAGUAAAUAUAACUAAAGUUUUAACUAC